AGUUUGCCUGUUUCCCCAGACAAUAUUGGUAUCACAACACCAGGCACAGACUUCCUCCGACCGACUUGUUUAGCGACCACCCGGAGUUAAUUUGGAUCAACUGUUCGUGAUUUGGUGCAAUUGUUAGGGUGGUCUUUGAAAAUGUCCAUCUUCGGCCGCUCGACCUACUCCUCUGGUGGUUAUGCUGCCUUUCGGCCCUCAUAUCCCUCGGUUCUUUACGACCGGGUGUUGAGAUUUCAUGGCACAGAAGCCCCUUCCUUUCCAUCACCACCGUCGUCUUCGCCGGCAGCUGGAACAUUGCUGGACCUUGGCUGCGGACAUGGCUUGGUGGCGCGCGCACUCGCUCCCUAUUUCAGCCGUGUCAUCGCACUUGAUCCUUCGGCCGGCAUGGUUGAGCAGGCUCGCAAGCUGAGCGGCGACAACUCCAAGAUUACGGUUAAGCAAGGCGGAGCCGAGGACCUUUCUUUCCUCGCCGACAAUGCCGUCGACUGUGUGGUUGCUGGCCAAGCAGCGCAUUGGUUCGAUUACUCCAAGGUCUGGCCGGCGCUUGCACGGGUCGUGAAGCGCGGCGGAACCUUGGCUUUCUGGGGCUACAAGGACCACAUCAUUAUUGGGCGGCCGGAAACGACACCCAUCUUCGACAAGUUCAUCUACGGCGAGACGGAGCCGUUGCCGGGCGUGGAGAGCAUGAUGCAUUUUUGGGAGCAACCCGGCCGGAACAUAUUGCGGGAUUCACUACAGGAGGUGGUCCCUCCCGAGACGGAGUGGGAACAUGUGGUCCGUAUUGCUUGGGAUCCCAAUCGUGUGACGGGCGACAUUAGCGAUGCGCCGGAAGAGGCGACUUGGUUGCGUCGGAGGCUCAAGUUGGGCGAGUUGGAGGGCUAUUGUCGCACAUUUAGCGCGUUCAGUGGUUGGAGAAGCGCCCAUCCUGACAUGAAGAGUAGGGCGGACGGCGGAGAGGGCGACAUUGUCGACUUGAUGUUUGACGAGGUUGUUGCUGCGGUGCCGGAAUGGAAAGCGGCGGGGGAUCGAUGGGCAGAAAUCGAGGUUGAGGCUAUCUGGGGGACCGUUUUAUUGAUGGCGAAGAGACGAUGAUUAGGUAUGGUGAGUUGAAGUCGCGGCAAAUCCGUCGUCGUGUAUACUAUCCCGAUAUCCGUUUCUCUGCGGUUGUUAGUCCUCCUCUCCUCUCUAUAGGUAUGAAACCAAGAAUGAAGCAGAAACCUGCUUGAUCAUCACAAGGCUGCCUCUCAAAAAGGCGGGGUUGGUAGGGCUAUCAGGAGAAGACGAUACAGUGGUGGCUGACGUUGAACUUGCUAUCUGGGCAGUGUCACCGGCCCCCUGCUUGACCAAGGUGUUGAUGUCUCGAUUGAGCUAGCAUGCUGCUGUAUCGCGAGUUGUCAGUGGUUGCCCUGCCACCGCGACCGGGGUGCGAGCGCAUAAUGGCACAGACCAGUCAGCACCACCCAGCGCAACUCCCUGUC